UUUUUUGGUAUUUUUAUUUUUCGUUUUUGUUGAUACUUGUUCAAACUAAAUAUUGCUACUCCAUCAAAGCAAUUAUCAUAAGGCAAUGGCAUUAGCGGAGACCAUUAGUAGGAAGAUACACAAGUUGGGAUUGAUUCCUAAAUUGAUCAAGUUAUUACCUAUUGUGUCGCUUUUGUUGGCAAUUUCCAGUGUAUCAUGGUUAUUAAUCUUACCACUUGAAGGAAAUUAUAGAAGAACCUAUAUUUCUGAAAAUGCAUUGAUGCCAUCUCAAGCUACAUCAUUUUUCCGAGAAAGUGAAUGGAAUAUUGUUAGAGGGUAUAGAGAAGAAGUGGGUAAAUUAGAAGCUGAAUCAAUUGAAGUUCGAAAUCAAGUCAUUGAAUCAUGGUUACAUGAGAUUGGUUUGAUUACGGCAUAUCAUGAAAAUACAUUAUAUUCCAUCAUGCAUGCACCAAGAGGGGAUGAUACAGAAGCUAUGGUUUUAGCUGUUCCAUGGAUUACAUCUGAUGAUGAAUAUAAUGAAGGUGCUAUAGCAUUAGCUGUGGCAUUAAGUCGAUAUUUUACAAGAUUAUCAAUUUGGUCAAAGAAUAUCAUUGUCGUAUUUGUGGAGGAUAAUAAAGUUCCCUUAAGAAAAUGGGUUGAAGCAUAUCAUACAUCGUUAGAAGAAACAGCGGGAUCCAUUGAAGCUGCUAUCGUGAUGGAAUAUGGUAAGAAUGGAGAUUAUUUUGAUUAUUAUGAAUUGAAUUAUGAAGGAUUAAAUGGUCAAUUACCUAAUUUAGAUUUAUUAAACACGCUUAAUUUAAUUGGAUAUCAUGAAGGAUUACAUUGUGUUAUUCAAGGAACUCCAUCGACUGAAUUAAUUAAGAAUACUUAUUUUACCCGAUUAAGAACAUUGGUUAGAGGUAUAAUUGCCUUAACUUUAACUGGAAUUAAACCUAAAGGACAAGGAUGUGAAGCAUUUUCAGGAUGGCAAAUCCAAGCUUUUACAUUAAAAGCAAAAGGAACUACUGGACCUCAUGAUAUAACUCAAUUUGGUAGAUUAGUGGAUUCAACUUUCAGAUCAGUUAAUAAUUUAUUAGAAAAAUUCCAUCAAUCAUUUUUCUUUUAUUUAAUGUUAUCUACCAAGAAUUUUGUUUCAAUUGGAACUUAUUUACCAUCUGCUGUUUUAAUGGCAGUUUCAUUUACAUUUAGUUCAUUAGGAACGAUUUUAAUUAGUGGUAUACCAUUAAAUUCCUUUAUAACUGAAUCAUCCAAAUUAUUAAUUAUAUUUGUUAGUAUUGAAGGUAUUUGUUUAAUAUUAGCUUUAGCAUUACCAUUGAUAAAGAUUGAUUUAUCCAUUGGAUUAGUGGUGAUAUCAUUUUUACCAUUACUAUUAAAGAAUUAUGUUAAAAAGCUUAAUAAAACUAUAUCAUUUGGAUUAAUUGCAUUAUCAUUAUUUUUUAUAUCAUUAUUAAUUGUGGCGUUAUUGAUUGUUCAUUUUUCAUUAGCGUUAUUAUUAGGAUUAUUUUGUUUACCAUUAACAUUCAUUGCACAACCUCCUAAACCUCAAAUUAAAACCUUGAUUAAUUUAUUAAUUUCCAAUCCAUUUUUUAUUAUAGCGAUAUUUGGUCAAGAUGUAUUUGUGGGAUUAGUUACAUCAUGGCAUGAUAUGCAAUGUUGGACAUGGUUUGUGGUUAUACUUGGAUGGUAUUCAGCCUGGUUAGGAGUAGCCAUAGCAUCACUUAUGGGAGACUUUACCGUUGAAGUGGAUAAAGUCAAAAAAGAUCAGUAAGUAAAAAGAAAAUAUUAUAUUUAUAGAAAAGAGUAAUUAAAAAAUUUAUAAUGUAUACAAAAUGUUUGCUAAGUAAAUGUAAUCCAGAUUUGACCUUGACCAUUCUAAUUAUUAGAUGGAAUAAGUUUUUAACUUUUAUUGAGCUGAUUAUGGUGAUCAAUUGAUUUUAAGAACAAUUUGUAUGAUGAUUAAGUGGUGAAAUUGAUCAGAUCAUAGAGUAAUUGGAGGUUUAAGUUGGUUUAUAGUUUUACAAUGGUAUGAGUCAAGUGCCCGUAAAGUACAACAUCAAACAUCCACUUCAAUGUGUUCAAUUCAAAAUAAAGUAAGUCAUUUGACUCUAGGCCUUC